UGUAUUUUACUUGCAGGCUUGCAAAAGAUCUGAUUCAGAGUCUUGUCCACAUGAGCCAUCGCUCUCGAGCCUCCAGGGUGCGGCAGCAUGUCCACUGUGACUCCUGCUACAGUCGGCGCUGCAGGGCUCGGGUGGAGGUCUCUGUGUGCUGUGCGCUCAUCCCCUGUCGCCUGCACUGUGGGGCUCUCUUCCACCUGUGCAAGGAGGAGGAUCACCUGCUGCUCUGCCCUAACAUUAGGGUGCCCUGCCUCAAUGCAGAGUAUGGCUGCCCGGUCCACCUGCCCCGCUCCUCGCAGGCAGCUCACCUCCAGGUGUGUCCGGCCAGCGUGGUGUGUUGCUCCAUGGAGUGGCUCCGCUGGCCAAAUGAUGAGACAAACCCAAACAGCGAUACAGCUCUGCAAGAGGAAGUGAUUAAGGAAAAUGAGGGACAAGAGGAGCCUCUGGAUCUGGCCAUGGCCCUGGUGGAUCAGUCAGACCUUUACAGCCGCCUGAAAAUGAAGCCCCUCUACCCUGAACUGAUGGAGGCAGAAGAAGAGGAAAUAAAGGAUGAGAAGAAAGAGGAGACUGCAAUGGGAUGCUUUGUCAAUGGUGUGGCAAAUAAUGAUAAUAAUGAAGAAGACAGCUUUUGUGGUAAUAACGCUGUUGGAGCGACUGUACAGAACUCUGUGGACUUGGGCAUCUGCAGAGAGAAAUACAACAUGUCUGAGAUGAUGUUCGGCAUGGAGAGGGGCGGCUGUGCUGCCGCUCAGACAAACCAAGAUAAUCCCAAAAAGAACCCAAAACCUGAUGAGAAGGUGAAAAAAACAUCUGCAGAUUGCAAGGAAGCAGGAAAAGAUGGCACGACUGCAAAUAAAAACUGCCCUCCUCCAGACAUAAGUAAGACAGGGCUAGCCCCGUGGCAGGAGGGGGUGCUGGACCGUCUGAGGGAGGAGCUCAGCCCGCAGGAGUACAACAUGUAUGUGGUGCAUCACGGCCGCAUGCUGGUCAGCUUUGGACAAAUCCAGGCCUGUACGCCGAGGGAGAAAGAUUUUGUUUAUGGCAGCCUGGAGCCUAUCCCAGUGCAGACCCUGCGCUCUUUCAAGAUCCCCGACAGCUAUCACUACAGGCGUCGGGUUCAUCUGUACGACACGGCUGCCAGGGCUCAGAGUGAGUCUUGCAGCGUGGACACAUCGGACCUCGGAGUCAAUGAGGAAGACUGGCUCAGUGAUGAAGCCGCAGCCACCCUGCUGGGCUACGCCGAGAAGGAGGUCAUGGGUCACAAGAUCAGCGAGUCAAAGGCAAUCGAUGGGCUCUAUGUUGACGUGGGAACGCAGACACACUCGUUCAGCACUGCUCCGUUUAAAGGGAAGACCACCCUGGCGGAGGUGAUGGUGGGCAGACCACUGAAGCUUCGUCUCCAGCUGCAGGCCGAGAGGGUGAACAGCAGACACAACAGAGCCAGCUCUGUCUUCACCUUCCUCUGUGGUCACGCCUUCCCCCGCAGAGAGUUCGCCACGCAUUUCAGGAAUGUCCACAGUGACAUCCAGACGUCUCUGAGUGGAUGGUUUGAGCAGAGAUGCCCCCUAGCGUAUCUAGGAUGCACCUACAGCCAGAGGAGGUUUCAGCCCUCCACACAUAAAGCCACUGUCUCCUACAAUCAGCAGCUCAGGAGUUUCAACUUGCGGCCGACGCUUGAGGACUCAGUAUGUGACGACUCCCAGCAGCCACGAAAUUCAGUGGACUCCUCCGCCGCUCAGAGGAAGAGAAGAAGUCGGGCAGGAGGAGGGGAGGACUCUCUGAGCUCGCUGCCCUACGAGGUGCUGUGCCACAUGGCAAGUUUCUUGGACAGUCUGUCCCUGUCUCAGCUGGCUCUGGUGUCCCGGCUCAUGAGGCAGGUGUGCUCCUCGCUGCUGCAGGAGAGAGGGAUGGUCACCCUCCGCUGGGAGAGGAAGACCUACUCACAUGGAGGAGCCAAGUGGAGGGCCAAACCUGUAUGGGAGUUUAGUCACCUCUUCUCUGCAGUAGACUCCUGGCAUAUGGCAGACAUCCCUGCUAUAUCUGCUCAUCUAAAAGUCUGUCCCUACUACAAGACCUCUCUGCACAGCGAGGCUGUUCCCCUCCCCGGCAUGAGAGAAAAACAAAAAGGCAGCAAGGAGAAGCUUAGCCUCACCAAACAUUUCACAGGAAACAGAUGGCAACAAUGAAAAGAACAUUAAAUUUUACUUGAAAA